AUGGCCAACAAGUUCGACGACCUCGCGCUGAGGUACGUGUUGGCAGACGAUGGCGACAAGGCUGCGGCUCAAGAGGCGGUUGGCGAGAUCAAGCAAGCAGCGUCGACGAGAACCGCCAUCGGCCAAUGGGUCGCCUCUAUCAACCAGUGGAUGGGCUCCAAGUCUGAUGACAUUGGGGAUGACGACGUGAUAUCCAGGGCGAAGGCCUUGGACUUCCUGGCCAGCACCUUGGACUCCCUGCCGAAGGAUAUUCUGAAGGCCGAUCAGGUCAAGUUGCUCAUCGGCUUCUUCUGCUCACUGUUCUCGAGCGAUCACCGAGCCGGCAUCAUGGCCUCCUCCCGAUCUCUCAGGGAACUGACCAGCAUGAAGGCUUUCCAGCCAUCAUCGGGAAACGAUAUAGUCGUGGGCAUCACGAAGCUCGGUACGGAGGAUUUCAAGCGUCAAACGCCCGCUACUCGGCUGGAGAUCUACGAGCUGCUUCUGAGCCUGCUUACCAACCCCUUGGUAGCUGAGGAUCUGGCCUACCGGCAUGGCAAUACAUGCGAGUUCAUGACUGCCCUUAUCGACCUUUGCAAGAAUGAGCGAGAUCCCCAGAACCUGAUCAAAUGGUUCGAGCUCCAGAGACUCUUUUUGCAGAAUUUUGCACCUGUCGACGAUGUCACUGAAGAGGUGUUCAAGACCUUCUCAGCUUACUUUCCCAUCACUUUGCGAGCAUCCGCGACACCGUCCGGUAUCACUGUCGACGACUUGAAGAGGGCUGUACGCUCUUGCUUUUCUGCGCACCAUCGAGUAGCUCGCUUGGCCAUACCGUUCUUGCUCAACAAGCUUGACCAGGGCGAAGCUGUAACCAUUUCUGUCAAGGUCGAUAUUCUCCAAACACUCGAGGCGUGCAUAGCUUCAUAUCAACAUGUGCAGCAAGGCAUUGUCCCCUACUCCGACCAAAUAUGGACAUCGCUCAAGUAUGAGGUGCGAAAUGGCGAGAUUGUCGAUUCAAUCGAGGCGACUCUGAGGCUGAUUGGUACACUGGCUCGAAGGCUGGAAGGCCAAGAUCUCCAAGCAUUCUUCGCGGCGACCUGGGUCGACCUGGGGGACGACCUCUCAAAUUCCGCAUACUCUCAGUCUGCUGCCAAACUACUCACCGCUAUCGCGGGAGCGAGCAAAGCAUCAUUUGCUUUGGCAAGCAAACAAGCCAUACCACACAUUGAGAGCACCUUGAAACACUCGACAUCGACGCCCCAUCAGACGGAACUUGUGUCUUUGUUCAACGCCCUCCUGCUAGUUCGAGCCGCUCUCAAUGAUGUGCCAAACGCCAAUCUUCAGGAUGAGCUUUUCGGAGACGCUUUGUUCGAGAGUGUUUAUUCUCCACUUUGGACAAACUGGACGCAGACACAUUUCUCGACCGACCGGUUAGGUAUCAUGUCUAAGCUUAUUGACGGCAUGUCAAGUCUUGUUGCACAGCGCUCAAGUGGCGACCAUCCGCAACGUCUAUGCUCCGAUGCCACCUGCAACCGCAUCUUCAACUGGUUAGGCACACCAGCAGUGAUCAACCCCUUGGAAGGCAAAAAUUUCCUCCAAGGAAGCCAAGAGAAGGAAUACAGCGAGCUUAUUGAACUAGCAACCGAGGCUUUAGCUAAGGUGGCGCCGAUAUACCCCAGUGGAUUUCACUUCCUACUGGCUCAGUUCGUUGGCUCGAUUACAACUCUAUCUGGGGCGCAAGCCUCCUCUCAAUCUCAAGCCCAGGCUAUAUUCCAUGCUGGCGCCCGCCUAGCUUAUAUUGGAACCAAGAGUGUUCCCUCCGCAGGGUCCCCCCUCAUCAACUCCGUAUCCGUUAUCAACACUCUCUUGGUGGCCUUGCAAAAAACGGUGGGGGUGUCUUCGUUGUAUUGGACCUCUUUUGUCAGCGCGAUACACCUCGCUAUCUCCAUGACGUUCAGCGCCUUGGAGGUACAGCCGUCGGUUGAUGCAUCGGGUAUCCUCAACUCAACCAACGUAGCGAGCAGCCAGAACGCAUUCGAGGAGCUGAGAGAUCAAAUUCAUGGGUUACCCGAAAUUGAUCAGGGUGAUCUUGGAGAUUUGGAGAAGACAAACGCAAGCUUGAAUCAACUGGGAGACGACAAAACUGCGACGUAUCAUUACUUCCAGAGCUAUUCUUUAUAUGUUGUUUCUCAGCUUUACCGUCGAUUUGCUUCAUUAUCUCAAACAGCAUCUACUUCCGAGAGCCACUCGCCCAAGGCUCCCACAAUCAUUCUUGGCUCCGAGUUCGUAAAGAGCACAGAGAAAGACACGGACAUUUUCCUUCACCAGCUGAGCCAACUGGCGACCACUGUUGUCCGACCUCUGAGCAAAGAUAUUCAGCUACGACUACGUCUUGUUGAAGAAGUUUUCCUCUUAUUUACUCGAACACCUGAAGGGCAGUCUCGUAAGGAGUUCUUGGAUAGCGUUGUAUCAAGUCGUGAAGAAAGUUAUCCAGACCGCAUGGAACCCAUUGUACAAUGGACCGUUUGUACUAGCAAUGGGUUCCGAACGGCGCCUCUGGCCUUGGGUAUACUGCAAGGCUUAUGGCCCGAGGCUAUGAGAGAGCUUUAUGCUCAUGGAGUCCUGCAGGAUCUCAGUAAGACAUUGACAACGCCAGAACUAGCCGGAUUCUCUGCAGCAACCCGAGCUGCUCUCGAUACCAUGCUUGCAAUACUAGCCAACAGACUGCCGCCGAAGGAGAGCAUGGCGGAUUAUAUGGACACUGCCCGUAUCUGCGCGGACGGAUUUACUCUGGUCGCGAGACGAGGCAUCUCACAGAGCCCUGAAGUCUCUACCUCUCUAGAGAUCUUCCGCUCCAUUCUACACUUUGUCGGGGGAGACAUUGUGAACUACAAGAGCGGACCUGCGAAUGAGCUUGUCCUUCGCCUGAUUUGUGACACCGCUCCAACAGAGCUGACUAUGGGCCGACAACUAGCUCAGUGUUUCGAUAUCAUAGUCAGCCCGAAAGAGUGCCUCACGAAGGAGAACCACGCCGUCAUCAAGCGACUGCACGGCCAAUGGAUCUACCAGCAAGCCGUCUUGCCCUACCUCAACAAGUGCUUCCCGCGUGCCGCUACCGGCGCCGAGCCCGCCAUCGAUGAUCGGUGUGCCACGAACCGUUCCGUGGCCGUCUUCGCACUCCUUAAGCACCUCGACUAUGCCGCAUGGCGGAACGAGUCAGAGCAGGUUGCCCGUGUCGUCGUCCGCUCCCUGACCAAAUUCGGCAUCAGCAAGGACAUUAAUACCGUCCUGCAAGUUCUCCUCACGAUCCUCAGCAACGACGCGGAGCUCCUGAAGCAGCACCUUACUCCACUCGUCACGCAUACCCUCGCCGUCUAUCAGAUGGCGCGCAACGUGGUCGAGUCGCUGGAGUUCGUUAAUAACCCGGCCCUGGACAAGAAAUCGCGCAAGGAGGCCGCCAUGUGUCGCAAGUCGUGUCUGGAGUUCCUAAAGCGGCUGCCGUCCACCUACGAAACCAGGUACCUACUCGCCCAGCGACAAUCGGCGCUCAGGGGGCUGGCGACUGCUUGUGGUGAUCCAGUCAGAGAGGUCCGAGAGGUUGCGAUUGUGGCAAGGAGAGAGUGGGAAAAUAUGUCUUAG